AUGAUGUAUGUUUUGAGGCGAAUACGAGCUAUAGCACAUUUCAAGUAUUUCAGGAUACUCGUCAUUAUCAACUUGUUAUUGUAUCUAUUGUUGUCUCAUGUUCAACUGUUUCAACCACAGGUGGACCAAGAAUCACAUUUAUCCAUUGAACCAAACAAUAUGAACCGUCUUUCUUCAAACAUUCCUAAAAUGACAUUGGCAGGAUCCCAAAUUAAUACCUCUGUGUCUCAGGACGUUGUACUCCGCUCAAAACCACCACUGACCCAUUCCAGUCCGAGUAUUCGUACCCAUAAACUGUUUUACAAAUCCAAACAUAAACUGUCAGCUUUCAAUACCGCAAUGAAAUCAAAAGAAAAGCGACUCCUUCAAGAUAUUUUACUCAAGUUUAAAGCCGUAUUGGAAGAAAAUGGAAUACCAUUUUUCAUGUAUUCGGGGACAUUAGUAGGCUCGUAUAGGCAUCACGAUAUUAUUCCGUGGGAUGAUGAUAUCGAUAUUAUCCUCUCCUCGAAAUAUCGACAACAGUUAAGAUCUGUAUUGAACAAAUUGCGACCAUCUUUCUUUUUAAAUACUGUACAAUAUGUACGGUGGAAAUUUUACUCUAUCCAAUCCCGACCUGUUCAUAAGAUUCGAUGGUCCUGGCCAUUUUUAGAUAUUUCUUUUUAUAAUGAAAAUUCAUCUCAUAUUUGGGACUUUGACUCUCAAUAUAGUAAAAAAUUUAUGUAUCUUAAAAAUGAUAUAUUUCCAUUAACAAGAAGACCAUUCAUGAGCAUGCUUCUUCCGGCGCCGAGAAAUACUUCUGCAGUUUUGAAAAAUUAUAAACCUGAAAUAUGUAAGUCGAUGAAAUAUAAUCACAGAUACGAACGCCCAGUUCAAUUCACGUCUCAAAUGAAUUGUGAAAAAUUAAGAAAUAUGUUUCCUUUCGUUAUACGGCAACGGGUGGUGAAUGGUUUUAAUGAAACUUUGCUUCAUGGUGGGAAAGUUUUACGAUGGUUCUUUACUAAAAAUAUGUGA